AUGGUGCGCAAUGGCAAUGUAAGGUUCGCUCCGGUCCGGACUAUCAACAAACUACCCCGUUUCUUUUUCUGUGCUUCCGGAUUCCUUGCCCUCUUGGUAACGACCGAAAUAUGGUUCGCACCCUUCGAUUUCAAUUUUUCCUUGCUUCGAGCCACGUAUGCCGUCCAGCUAGAGACACCCUCACCUUUGCAAUCCACAGAUCUUGCGGCGAGUCACAGUUUUGGCUUUUUCGACGAUAUUCCGAAUGAAACCUGGAAGUUGAUGCGUAGCAAAGCCUUGGCAUUUCAACAUUACAUGUAUCGAAACAGUCCCGACAUCGGGUCAGAGCGGCCUUGGUUCUGGUAUCUCAACAAUCUGCAGCCAGAUUUUACGUGCUCUCACGUCUUUCGAGUCGGAGGACACGGAGACGGUCCAAAAUGGGUGUGCGAUCCGCAUCGGUUGCGAAAGAAAGAAGACGACUGUCUGGUUUAUUCCUUCGGAAGUAACGGACAAUAUCAGUUCGAAGACGGCUUGAUCGACUUGAUCGGACACGAACGCUGCGAAAUUCAUGUUUUUGAUUUUGGUAAUUUCGAUCGCUCGCAAAACGCAGGCAGGAACAUUCACUACCAUAAAUGGGGACUUGGUAGCAGCUAUGAUGAGGCAUACAAUAUCAAGCUCAAGAGCUCUGGCCGACAUUUAGAAAUUUUGACUUUUCAAGAGACCCAGCAACGUCUAAACCACGUGAAUCGCACAAUUGAUCUGUUUAAAAUUGACUGUGAGUGGUGUGAAUGGAGUAAUUAUAAGGAUUGGGUCGACGUGGACGCUCGGCAAAUCUUGGUUGAGGUACAUGGUUUGCCCUCCACAAACCCAGCAACAAAUCCGUUGAACACGAAAGGAUCCGAUUUCUUCAACGCCUUUCGAGAAAACUCAUAUGCCAUGUUCAGCAAAGAAUUGAACCCGUACAAUUCGGAAUGUUACGAAAUCGGUUAUAUCAAGUUAGCGAAGGAAUUUUGGAAAUCAUCGACUGAAGAUGAAUCUCCCACAAUCUUAUCAACGAGAUUCUAA